AUGGCCGAACAAGCACAAGCAGAGUGCACCCCCAGCCCUCAGCAGCUCAACGUUGAUCCUGAGUGGAUCGAACCCGACGACAAUGACUCUUCUGUUGGCACCGAGACCGCAAGCUCCACCACUUCGAUAAGCGAGAGCAUCCUCGAAUACCGCAAGCUCCACGGCAGAACCUAUCAGAACUUUAACACUGGAACAGAAUACUGGGGGCCCAAUGAUGACAGACAAAAUGACGGGCUCGAUCUCAGCCAUCAUAUGCUCUACUUGGCCUUGGACAACAAGCUGUUUCUAGCGCCAAUUGGAGAUAAUCCACAGAGAGUCAUUGAUGUCGGAACAGGAACUGGCAUUUGGGCAAUCGACUUUGCCGAUCAGUUCCCCUCUGCUGAGGUGAUUGGAACCGACCUCUCACCAAUUCAACCACCAUGGGUCCCUCCCAACUGCAAGUUCGAACUCGACGAUGCUCAGCUCCCUUGGCCCUAUCCCGAUAACCAUUUUGACUACGUCCACAUCCGAGUCCUGAUGGGUGCGAUCAAGGACUGGCCGGCUCUGUACAAGGAAAUAUACCGCUGCCUCAAGCCCGGUGGCUGGUUCGAACACAUGGACUACUCGAUCGACGUGCGCUCCGACGACAACAGCAUCCCCGAAGACUCACCACUCAACGGCUGGGGCAACCUCUUCCAAAAGGCGGGCGAGAGGAUGGGCCGCAGCUUCAGAAUCAUCGAGGACGGGCAGAGCCUGCAGUGGCUCAAGGACACGGGGUUCACGACCGUCAACGAGCACCGUUUCAAGCUCCCGACGGGUGGCUGGGCGGCCGACAAGAAGUGGAAGGAGAUUGGACAGUACAACUUGCUCAUCACUGAGAACAGCCUCGAGGGCUACGUGCUGUUCCUGCUAACGCAGGUCAUGGGGUGGGAGGUUUCGGAAGUGCAGGUCUUCCUGGCCAAGACGCGCAAGGCUCUCCGGGACAAGUCUAUACAUUCUUAUGCUGAAGUGGCAACGGUUUGGGGACAGAAGCCGCUGAACGAGAAGAAAGAAGCGGUGCCGACUACGGAAGCAUGA